CCUUUCCAGAUUGGAGCAUCUCUCUUUGCCAGCAACAUUGGCAGUGGGCAUUUUGUCGGCAUUGCAGGGACUGCGGCUGCAGCUGGAAUUGCCAUCGGUGGAUUCGAAUGGAAUGCCCUUGUGGUGGUGAUCCUUCUUGGAUGGCUCUUUGUGCCCAUUUACAUCAAAGCUGGGGUCGUGACCAUGCCAGAGUACUUGAAGAAGAGGUUCGGAGGGCAGCGCAUCCGCAUCUAUCUCUCAGUGCUCUCACUCUUCCUCUAUGUUUUCACUAAGAUCUCAGCGGAUAUGUUCUCUGGAGCCAUCUUUAUUAACCAGGCUCUGGGGCUGAAUAUCUACCUAGCUGUGGUUCUCCUACUAAGUAUCACUGCUCUAUACACAGUCACAGGUGGACUGGCUGCAGUGAUCUACACAGACACUUUGCAGACCAUCAUCAUGGUCGUGGGAUCUUUCAUCCUCAUGGGUUAUGCCUUCAAUAAGGUGGGAGGUUAUGAGAACUUCCAGGAGCGCUACAUGAUGGCCAUGCCUACUCGGACUGGGGUCAACAUCAGUAAGAGAUGCUACACCCCUAGGUCUGACUCCUUCCACAUCUUCAGGGAUGCGGUGACAGGGGACCUGCCUUGGCCAGGCCUGGUGUUUGGUCUCACUGUCCAGGCCACCUGGUAUUGGUGCACUGAUCAGGUGAUUGUCCAGCGCUGUCUAUCUGCCAAAAGUCUGUCUCAUGUCAAGGCUGGCUGCAUCCUGUGUGGCUACCUGAAGCUGUUGCCCAUGUUCGUCAUGGUCUUCCCUGGCAUGAUCAGCCGAAUCCUCUACCCAGACGAGGUGGCGUGUGUGGACCCAGAUGAGUGCCAGACGUACUGUGGUGCCAGCGUGGGCUGCACCAACAUCGCCUAUCCCAAACUAGUGGUAGACCUCAUGCCAAAUGGUCUGCGAGGCCUGAUGCUGUCGGUGAUGAUGGCGUCUCUGAUGAGCUCCCUGACCUCCAUCUUCAACAGUGCCAGCACCCUGUUCACCAUGGACAUCUACACCAAGAUACGCAGCUCUGCCUCCGAGAAGGAACUCAUGAUCGCUGGGAGGGUAUUUAUCCUGGUUCUGAUCGGGGUGAGUAUAGCGUGGAUCCCUGUGGUCCAGUCUGCUCAGAGCGGCCAGCUCUUUGACUACAUCCAGUCCAUCACCAGCUACCUGACCCCGCCCAUCGCAGCCACCUUCAUGCUCGCCAUCUUCUGUAAGCGUGUCAACGAGCCGGGUGUGUUCUAUGGGCUUAUGAUAGGUCUGGCCAUUGGCCUAUCCAGGAUGAUCGCUGAGUUUGCCUAUGGGACGGGCAGCUGUGUGGCCCCGACUAACUGUCCUGAGAUCAUCUGUGGAGUCCACUACCUCUACUUCUCCAUCAUUCUGUUCUGCAUUUCGUGCUUGGUGAUACUCACCAUCUCCCUCAUGACCAAACCCAUUGAAGACAAACAUUUGUACCGGUUGUGCUGGAAGCUGAGGAACCACACAGAGGAGAGGUUGGAUCUGGAGAUAGAUGAUUGGACAGAAAACCAAGAAUCAGACUAUAUGGAUAUUGAAGAUCCCACAGAGGAGCCAGGCUGUUGUAAGAAGGCAGUGUUGAACUUCUGUGGUUUGGAAAAGUCGAAUGCUCCCACGCUGAGUGCUGAGGAGCAGGCUGAGCUGCAGAGGAAACUCACAGACACAUCAGAGAAACCCCUGUGGAGGAAUGUGGUCAAUGCCAAUGGCAUUAUCCUCCUGUGUGUCUGUGUCUUCUUCCACGGUUUCUACGGUUAAACAUCUCCUCAUCCUGGACCUCCACUGCCCUAGAGUCUGGACUGUCUAACCAUAAACUUGAGUAGUCUCGUCUUUCAACCCUGAAAUCCCCCCCAGACUCACAGGCCCACGAUGCACUGUACAUAGCAACCUCUCUUACACAUCCUCCCCCUAUCCAUCAUCUGGGGGCCUGAACUGGUUUAUCCACACCCCUGUAACGUGGUCAAUGCUACGACCGCCUUGGCUUCAAGAAACCCUGCUCCAUACCUGUAUGACUGUCCUUGACACUAUCUGGGAGUCACAAAACUCCUUUGUUAGGUGUUCUUUGCUUUGUGGACUUUUACAUUUAGUGUAUGUACGAUGAAUGUGUAAUGAAGAUAGUAAUGAGGAUGAUGAUGUUGAUGGAGGAUCUGAAUAGGACUUAGUGUCCAAUGGUAUCCAAGGUUUCUUUCUGCCCUUCAUGAAGUUACUAUAGUUUGGUAUAUUGCAACCACUAGGUGGAGCUGCAGUAUGAAUAAACUUAAGAUUGAACAGUAUCAUUACCAAGGUAACACUGUAUGGCCAGUGGAUUUAAUGGCAAUGAGACAUAACAUGUAAUGUAAUGAGAGGACAAAUACCAUAUGCAUGAGCAUGCAUGACAUGUACUAACUAAUCUGUAAUCUAAUUAAUAAUGUAUUCCAUCUUAGUUAGAGAAAAGUUGAACACUAACAUAUUUUUCAGAGAGGAAGGGACGCACAAACUCACACAUUCGAUCUCCUACCUUGAAUCAAGCCUGGUUUUUGUGACGUUCUAUCAAAGACAACAUUUUUUUGCCAUGUUUAAUCUUUUCUCUAGCUGUCAUUUUGUUUUGCUACAUGCUAAUGAAUGAUAUCUCAAGGA